AUGCACGGAGGUCUUUCCCCAGACUUGAAUAGUAUGGAACAGAUUAGAAGGGUCAUGAGACCAACAGAUAUACCUGACGUGGGAUUACUAUGUGACUUAUUGUGGUCCGAUCCAGAUAAAGAUAUUGUUGGUUGGAGUGAGAAUGAUAGAGGUGUUUCUUUCACUUUUGGGCCGGAUGUGGUCAAUAGAUUUUUGCAGAAACAGGACAUGGAACUAAUCUGUAGAGCGCAUCAAGUGGUGGAGGACGGUUACGAAUUUUUCAGCAAGAGACAAUUGGUCACUUUAUUCAGUGCACCUAAUUACUGUGGUGAAUUCGACAAUGCUGGUGCCAUGAUGAGCGUUGACGAAAGUUUACUAUGUUCCUUCCAGAUUUUGAAACCUGCCCAGAAGAGUCUACCAAGGCAGCAAGGUGGUAGAAAGAAGAAGUAA